AUGAAGCAUUCAAUCACGAACCCAAGGGUUUCGUGGUGGGCUUGUAGACCAGUUUCUCAAUUUAACACCUUCACAAAUUCACGAGUGCGACAUUUCAGCUCAACGACACCUUCUGCCUCGAAACCGCACGCAGCAGAUCCACGACUUUCGGAGCUGGGCCCCCUAAUUGAAGAUAAAUAUUCCGCUAUUCGGGAUACAUACUGCAGGCCGAAAUUCCCAAUUGUUCUUGCACACGGUCUAUUGGGAUUUGAUGAGCUGAAACUGGGAGGGAAGUAUCUCCCCGGCGUACAAUAUUGGCGCGGCAUCAAAGAAGCCUUCGCCCUAAAGAGGAUGGUGGUCAUUUCUGUCCCUGUCCUGCCGUUGGGAUCCAUCGAGCAACGGGCUAAAGAGCUCAUGUGUGGAAUUGAGAGCCGGAUUCAGGGGAAAGAAGUGAAUAUAAUUGCUGGACUAGAUUCCCGUUACAUGAUCAGCAGACUACGACCUACGAAAUUCCGGGUUGUGUCUCUGACUACGAUUGGCACCCCUCACCGAGGGUCUGCGUUUGCGGAUUAUGUCUUUGGACUGAUUGGAGAGCAUCGAGCUGCACAGAUAUAUAACACACUGGCUCGCAUUAAAAUAGAGUCAGGGGCAUUCAGUCAGCUUACUCGAAAAUACAUGCAGGAAGAAUUCAAUCCCAAUACUCCUGAUAUCGACGAUGUUAGAUACUUUUCAUACGGAGCCUCGUUAACACCCGGUAUGUGGUCUGUGUUUCUCCAGUCACAUCGGAUUAUCGAGCAGGAAGAAGGCCCGAAUGAUGGCCUGGUCAGCGUCCAGAGCAGCAAAUGGGGAGGUGAGGAGGGCUACAAAGGCACGCUUGUUGGAGUCAGCCACCUCGACUUGAUCAACAGGACCAAUCGUUUCAAGUGGAUGAUCUCUGAGUUGACGGGAAAUACCAGGAAGUUCAACGCACUUGCCCUGUAUCUAGACAUUGCCGAUAUGCUGGCAAAGGAGGGCCUCUAA